AUGGACCUUUUCAACUCAGCUCUUGGGAAAAACAUCACUUUUGUGCAUCCUGCUUAUUUCAUAAUAAGUGGUUUAUCUGGAAUCCCUAAUAUCAAGUAUUACUAUGUCUUUCUCUUUUUUGUUUACAUUGUUUCAGUGCUGGGAAACACAAUUGUGAUGGCUGUAAUAUGCUUGGAUCAUAAUCUGAGAACUCCAAAAUAUAUUGCAGUUUUUAAUUUAGCAUUUGUGGACCUGUUUGGUAACACUGCUCUGGUGCCAAAGCUUCUUGACAUCUUUCUGUUUAACCAUCGUUACAUCUACAACAAUGCUUUGACGUUCCUUUUUUUCUGCUACACCUGCCUUUCAAUGCAGUCAUUUAAUCUGGUUGCACUCUCCUAUGACAGACUGAUAGCUAUCAUCUUCCCAUUGCAUUAUCAAGUGAAGAUGACCCACAGGUUCAUGCUGUCUCUGAUUGCCUCUUUCUGGGUAUUUGUUAUAAUUGCUGUGCUUAUUGCAGUUGGCCUUCUUACGAGACUUUCCUUCUGUAAGUCUGUGGUUAUUAACAGCUAUUUCUGUGACCAUGGCCAGAUAUACCGACUUGCCUGCAAUGACUAUACACCCAGCUUUGUCAUUAGUUGUUUGUACCCAGUUCUUAUUUUUUGGCUUCCAUUCCUUUUUAUCGUGUUAAGUUACCUAUAUAUUGGCUGUACUUUGGCUAAAGUGGCCACAGUUCAACAAGGAUUUAAGGCCUUUAAAACGUGUAUAGGACAUCUCUCACUGGUGGCAAUUUAUUUCAUCCCACUAUUAAUCACAUUUACCUUGAUGGGAAAUAUACAUCCAAAUGCCAGGAUCAUAAACUUGUCUUUGACCUCUGUCUUUCCUCCCAUGUUGAACCCAAUCAUUUAUGUUCUGCAGACACAAGAAAUCAAAGAAUCUAUAAAAAAGUUGUUUAAAAUCAGAGUGCAAUCCAAAAUUACAACAACAAUGUGA